GGGAGAUUUGAUUCACUUUUCCAAGGGAACUUGUUUAUUGGAAAACGAGGCAAGUUUGGGUCCUAAAAUCUAAGGUUAGAUUCUUUGAUUCCUCCAACCCUACAAAGAACAAAAAGGAUCUGCCAAUCACACUACAGCCUGCUCGAAAAAGAAAAUAGGAAAACUGCAAAAGAGAGUAAAAUUGAAAGAGGGAAAGAAAGACCGGCCCGUUUGGGUUUCCCAUUCAGUCACCAAAAAGAAAUAUCCAUUAUUACAAAUUCCCAUCGACAUAUUUAUUUUUCUUCAAAGCUUCUCAGAGUGUUAGGAAAGUUGCUCCCAUUAUUCAUUAUGGUGGGGGCUGCCUAACUCAGCAGGGAAUCAAUCAGAGAGAGUGAGAGAGAUGGAGGGGGGAGGUGGGAAAACAGGAAGAAAACAAAUCAUACACUUUUCUUCUUUCUCUCCUUUUGAGAGCCUCAAAUUGAAGUGGGUUGCUUUCUCUGUUUUUGCUGCAUAAGAGAUUCUCUCCCUCUCCCCUUUCAAGUCAAAGAAGAAAGAAGAAAUUUUUUUUUUUUUGAAAAAAGAAAAGAUAGUAUGAAAUGGGAGGUGGGAGAAAGGAAGAGCCACAGCUCAUAGCAUAUAUUCCCUUCCAAAAUAACCCCACUUAUGUUUCCUGAUAUGGAGUGAGAACAUAGGACAGCCCAACAACUCCAAAAUUAUAUAGCUGCCACAUUUUCAAGCAUAGCUGAAAAGGAUCAUAACUCAUAUUUAUGUUUCAGUCUUCUACUUGUCUAUCAUCCACAAAACAGAAAUGGGUCUGCGCCAUCAAAAUAUGAACUUGGUUUUGUCCACUGAUGGAAAGCCUAGGCUAAAAUGGACUCAAGAACUUCAUCAAAGGUUUGUUGAAGCAGUCAAUCAACUUGGAGGUGCAGAUAGGGCAACACCGAAGAGUCUGAUGAGGGUGAUGGAGAUUCCUGGACUUACUUUAUACCACCUGAAGAGCCAUUUACAGAAAUACAGGCUAGGGAAGAGUCAACAGUCCCUAAUCAGCAUUGAAAACAACCAAGAAGUUCUCUUUGUUGCCGAUGCCAAGGAGAUUCAAAGUAGUGAUGAUCAUUUCCAAGAGUCUGCAUUCAUUCAAAGUAGCGGGGGAAUCUGCAGUGAUGGAAACCAACAUCCAAUUAAUGGAAGCUUUCAGAUUGCUCAGGCUCUCCAAAUGCAAAUGGAAGUGAAGAGGAAACUUCAUGAACAGAUUGAGGUACAGAGACAUUUGCAGCUGAGAAUUGAAGCGCAAGGGAAAUACUUACAGUCAGUAUUGAAGAAAGCACAGGAAACACUGGCUGGAUAUAAUUCUUAUUCUAUGGGUGUAGAACUUGCAAAAGCUGAGCUCUCUCGAUUAGUCUCAAUGGCUAAUAGUGGAUGUCCAAGUUCUUCAAUAUCUGAUUUGACAGAAACAGGAGGUUCAAGCUUAAGAGACAUGGAGAGGACACAAACGAGGAGUGCAGUUUGUUCAAUGGAAAGCUCCUUGACAUCAUCUGAGAGUUCUGGGAGAAAGGAAGAUAUGCAACAAAAGAAUGAGAUUCAUGACACCGAGAAGUCCAAUACAGCCUCUGUUGAGCUUUCUUUAAUGGAUAUUCACCCGCAAGACAACCCAUUGAAUACUUGUUCAAGCAAUCAAGGGAAGAAGAGAAGUGGUCGUAUCAUUUCUGAUGGUGUUUCUGUGGAGCAGCCACUGGCUAGUAGAUUGAAAAAUGGUGAUCAGUUGAGUCUGGGGAUGUUUGAUUUGAAUAGCUAAUAUCAACACGACAUUGAAUCAGGUUCGGAAUCAAUAGACUUAAACUGUUAGGGAACUGAACAACUCAACUGGGUACCUUUGGAGUUUGAGGAUACUUGAAGGGUUCUACUGAUAUAGUCUAUGCAGGAAAGUUACCUGAUAGAGUUAAUCCUUGUUUAUAAACUAUGUAUAUUGGUAUAUGUAUAUACCCCAAGAAACUUCUGAAACUAUAUCCAUAUCAAAAGAUGGUGUUAUAUAUAUUGUGCGUGUAAGUUCAUCUCUUGGAAGUUUUUCCAAGACAGUCUCUCUAUGUAUUUUUAGGUUUUAACAAUUAGGGCAUCCCUAGCUAUAUUUGGAGUUCUAAGAUUAAGUUCUUUCUUGAUUUGUUUCUAGGAAAACCUUCUACAUUUGGAGGUUUGUGAUCCUCUUUAAAUUUGAACUCAAAAUGAUAGUGUGGGAGUGAAUCCAAUUACCAACUUCAGCUAAAUUCUUACACAGAAACUUGGCAGUUCACUUAAUGGAUAUCACGGGGCUGAAUUCAACAUCUAUGACUUAUAACUCCAAUUUUAGUAAAAAUCCAUCAAAAGAUUUGGCCCAAAUCCAAAACUUUUCAGUCAGUUUUGACUGAACCACGCUACUUUAGAAUCGCUCCAGGAUUACUUAGGACUUCCACUAACUAAAAUUGACAUCAUCUGAGAGUUCUGGGAGAAAGGAAGAUAUGCAACAAAAGAAUGAGAUUCAUGACACCGAGAAGUCCAAUACAGCCUCUGUUGAGCUUUCUUUAAUGGAUAUUCACCCGCAAGACAACCCAUUGAAUACUUGUUCAAGCAAUCAAGGGAAGAAGAGAAGUGGUCGUAUCAUUUCUGAUGGUGUUUCUGUGGAGCAGCCACUGGCUAGUAGAUUGAAAAAUGGUGAUCAGUUGAGUCUGGGGAUGUUUGAUUUGAAUAGCUAAUAUCAACACGACAUUGAAUCAGGUUCGGAAUCAAUAGACUUAAACUGUUAGGGAACUGAACAACUCAACUGGGUACCUUUGGAGUUUGAGGAUACUUGAAGGGUUCUACUGAUAUAGUCUAUGCAGGAAAGUUACCUGAUAGAGUUAAUCCUUGUUUAUAAACUAUGUAUAUUGGUAUAUGUAUAUACCCCAAGAAACUUCUGAAACUAUAUCCAUAUCAAAAGAUGGUGUUAUAUAUAUUGUGCGUGUAAGUUCAUCUCUUGGAAGUUUUUCCAAGACAGUCUCUCUAUGUAUUUUUAGGUUUUAACAAUUAGGGCAUCCCUAGCUAUAUUUGGAGUUCUAAGAUUAA